CGGAAGCGCACCUGAAAGACCCGAGAAGCCUGUAGUUCUUCUCUCGUGGCCAUGGGUCGAAGCAAGUGCCGGGAGUCUGGAGAAGCGCUGGAGCCGGAGGCAGCCCCGGAGCGAUCCUACCAAGAGCUGGUGGAGAACGUGAAUGCGAUUGCGCGGCCGCUGGCCUCGCGGAAGCUCACGCGCAAACUGUACAAGUGCAUCAAGAAAGCGGCGAAGCAGAAACAGAUCCGGCGAGGCGUGAAAGAGGUCCAGAAAUUCAUCAACAAAGGCGAGAAAGGGAUUACAGUCCUUGCAGGCGACACAUUACCUAUUGAUGUUUACUGUCACAUACCCAUCAUGUGUGAAGACAGGAGCCUUCCAUACGUCUAUAUUCCCUCCAAAACGGACUUGGGAGCAGCUGCAGGUUCAAAACGCCCAACCUGUGUGAUUAUGAUCAAGCCGCAUGAAGAAUACCAAGAAGCUUAUGAUGAAUGCUUGGAAGAGGUGGAGGCUCUUCCUCUCCCCUUGUGAGAAACAUUGAUGGAAGAUGCUAUUCAGAGAGACUUGAAUGCUCCCUACCUGCAGCCUCUCUGCAAGUGAGACAGGAUUUGAACACUGAUUUUAAAAGUAUGGGUACAGCAGCUGGCUCUGUUGUUCUGUUCUCUUUGUGCAGAAUACCGUAGUUGGCACUACCAGCCUUAAAAGGUAGUUUAGUUGCUGACUUGGAAAAUAUCAGUUACAUAUUCCAUAGCAAGAGCUGCAAAGUGGUGCAUAUUAGUGACUGUAUUUUGCACCCAAACUAGCCUAAGUUUACUAUUCAAUUCUGUAAGAAGAUGUGUUCCUUUUGGGAGUCUAAGAAUUAAAAUGUUGGUACUUUUUGUAAAGGCUGUUCAGUGUCUAAUUUAAAAUAUUGUACCCUAUCUAAUUGAACAGAUUAGGUGUCUAAUAGCUGCUCCCCCCUCCAAAGACGGCUUAAUGCAUUUACAAAUAUAAGCUAAUUUGUAUAGAGAGACUAAAAUUGUCACAUCAAGUCAUCUCCAUCCCUUUUAUUAGAAGGGUGGGACUUGCAUUUCCCUCUGUAAACUACAAAACUACUGUAUAGUGCAAGCAAUGAGAGAAGAGUAACUUGGCUUCGCCACUGAGUCAUACCAUAUGUUGAAACCUUUUUCCUUUCCUACAACAUGAUUGCUAGUUUGCCUAGAAGUAAUUUCUUAGUUCUGGCUAUAGCUGCAAUA